AUGGAAAACUCCGUAGACCGAGGCUUAAAAUUCCUCUCCGCGGAGGCCUCGAAGAAAAACAAAAUCGCACCUUGGGCUGUAGGAGUCUUCACUUUUGUUGGAAUUAUUACUGUGAUGGUAAUUUGCGCCCACAAUUUUUUGGUCAUCUACCUUUGGUAUAGCAGCGUAAGGUUUUUCUUUUUUCUUGACUUUCGUUUCGAAAAAGUCAUCAUUUCUUGAAAUGGGUUUUAAUUUUCAGAAACGUAAAAGUAAGCCUGGGAAGGCGAUCGAUCCUGAAGCUGCGAAAAAUGCAGGCGGCAAGCCCUUGGCCGCGUCAGCAGCCCCAGCAGCCCCAGCCAAGGCAGCGCCCCAGAAAGCGGACCCGAAAACGGGCAAGACAGCGGACCCGAAAACGAACAAGGAAACGGACCCGAAAACGAACAAGGAAACGGACCCGAAAACGAUCAAGGAAACGGACGCCAAAACAGUAAAGAAGACGGAUACCAAAACGGUCCAGAAAGCAAGUUUCCGACACAUGUUGAUUAGAACAUAGACGUUACAGAAGCGAGUUUUCUAGCACAUAACAACGCAAAGACUUUAGAUUUUAUGUUUUUUUUCAGCCUCCUGGUAGCGGUGUCGCUAAAACGUAUAUUCACAUAUUUGUCCCGGUUGGCGAACGUUGGGAAAUGCGCCAGCAUCGUCUGGGUGACCCAUUCCCUGCUGCAUGGCGUCACUUUAACCCCAACAAACCGAACAGUCUGCUCGUAGGUUUUACAAUUUUGUCUUUUUAUUUUUGUUCCAAUAAAUCGCUCUUUUCAGUAUCCUCGAAACAAGAAAGGAAAAGGGCCCGAUCCGGCGCCGCCGUCUGUAAAGCUUAGCGAGUUUGGAAAUGUUGACGCUAAGAGCGCGUUGAAAGAAAAACAAAAGCACCUCACCCUCGAAGAGGAGAAACAGAUUGUCAAGAAAGAAAAGCCUCCGGCCGACUAUGCUGAAUUUUUGAACAGAGCCGAAGAACAGUACGGUAGGCGAUUAUUUUGGUUUGAUUGACUUUGACUCGCGUCCCGACUUUUCGGAGCGACGACAGUUCGGGUCAGCACAAAGUCGACCAAUACGGGGCGUAGGCAAGUGGAUACAUAAAAAAGGUUGUCAAAGCCGUUGAAUGGUCGGCGGACGCUCGGCGAAGGCUCGGCGGAGACUUGGCGAAGACUUGCAAUAUGUCCGCUUUUUUUAAUUUUAGCUAUUUCUACGUUAGUUUUAUUUACCUUGAGUUAUCGUAACACAAACGUCAAAAAAAAACAAAGAUCCGUUACUUUUAUCUGGAGAUCGUUGAUGUGAGUACAUGUAAAAUAUCUCGAUCAAUCUUAUUAUUUCUGCUUACUAAGCCUUCUCCUAGCCUCCCCCAUGCAUACAACGACGACCUACGCAAUCCAUAGUGUCGUUGACCCGAACUGUCGCUAACCCGAAAAGACGUAGCGCUGGUUUAUUAUUAGUUUGACUACUAACUUAACCUAUCAAAAUUUUUGCUCGAUCUCGUCCGGCCGGUCAGAUCGGUCGCAAUACCAGGCAUAUUGAUCAGAAAACAGGUCAGGUUCAGAGGAUCGGGCAGAUUUUUAUUAAACUUUAUUAAUCGGAUUGUUCAAUUUGCUCGGUCAUAUUUUGAUUCUUUUUAUUGCUUUUCAAAAAUGUUGUCUCAAUUUCAUUUUCAGCGAACCUCAAAAGCGAUGCGAAAGAAGAUAUGCGUCCAUCGGUUCUCCUGCUCCACUACGUUGAAAACCAGGAAACGAAACAGAAAGCCAAGAAGAAGGGUGAGGUUGUGAAGGAAAAAACCGAAUCGGCGGCCGAGGAAUCGGCUCUAAACAAAAAGAAAACGGAACUGGUCAAGCCCAAGACGAAGACCAAAGUUGUGGAAGAUAAGACCGAAUCGGUGGUUGACCAAUCCGUUCUAAACAAGGAAAAGAAACACACCAAAACCAAGACUAAAGUUGUUGAGGAAAAAUCUGCUGAGGAGCAGUCCAUGACAGAGCCGGAACCGGAACCCGUUAAACCCCAGAAGAAGAAGACGAAAGUUCCGGCCGAAUCACAGGAGUCGGCGGCUGAGAAGUCCUUUGAAAGCAAGGAAACGGAACGGUUGAAGACCAAAGUCAAGAAACCGGGCAAGGCUUCGAAAGGAAAGAUCAAGCCUGACAAGAAGCAGUCUAAAGCUGGCAAAAAAACCAAGGGGAAGAAGAGCACGGCGGAAAACACCCAGUCUUCUGCAUCCGAUGACAAUUAG